AGUGAGAGAAGGACUUAAUGCGUUUUGACAUGUUUUUGUAUUCAAAUCCUCGUCUCUGCUGGGGGAAAAAUGAAGAAGUUCAAUAUCAGAAAGGUGUUGGACGGCUUGACUGCAGUUUCUUCCUCUUCAUCCGCAUCACCUCAACCGGGAAACAGGGAAAAUGACAUUAUUCAGGAGAGCCUGCAGUCUGAGCAUUUUCAGCUCUGCAAGACAGUACGACAUGGCUUUCCCUAUCAACCCUCCUCAGUAGCUUUUGAUCCAGUUCAGAAAAUACUGGCCAUCGGGACUCAGAGUGGAGCUUUGAGACUCUUUGGCCGUGCAGGAGUGGAAUGUUACUGUCAGCACGAGAGUGGUGCGGCCGUUAUUCAGCUGCAGUUUCUCAUCAAUGAGGGGGCGCUGGUGAGCGCAUUAGCAGAUGACAGCAUUCAUCUAUGGAACCUGAGACAGAAGAUACCAGCCGUCCUCCAUUCUCUUAAAUUCAACAGGGAGAGGAUCACGUUUUGCCAUCUCCCUUUCCAGAGCAAAUGGUUGUAUGUGGGCACGGAAAGAGGAAACAUCCACAUCGUUAAUGUGGAGUCUUUUAGUCUCUCAGGCUAUGUCAUCAUGUGGAACAAAGCCAUUGAACUUUCUUCAAAGACACAUCCUGGACCUGUGGUUCAUAUCAGUGAUAACCCUAUGGACGAAGGAAAGCUUUUAAUUGGUUUCGAGUGUGGUAUUGUGGUGCUGUGGGAUUUGAAGUCAAAGAAGGCAGACUACCGUUACAACUAUGAUGAGGCGAUCCAUUCCGUGGCCUGGCAUCAUGAGGGGAAGCAGUUUGUGUGCAGUCACUCAGACGGAACACUCACAACAUGGAAUGUUCGCUCUCCCGCCAAGCCCUCGCAAAUCAUCACCCCACACGGGAAGCAGCCCAAGGAUGGAAAGAAGCCUGAACCAUGCAAGCCAAUCUUGAAAGUGGAAUACAAAACAAGCAGGGCAGGGGAACCUUUCAUGGUCCUCUCUGGAGGUUUGUCCUAUGACACGGUGGGACGGAGAGCCUGUCUGACAGUGAUGCAUGGGAAGAGCACUGCUGUGCUUGAGAUGGAUUACCCCAUCGUAGACUUCCUCACUCUGUGUGAAACGCCCUAUCCAAAUGAUUUCCAAGAGCCGUAUGCUGUUGUGGUCCUUCUGGAGAAGGAUUUAGUUGUUAUUGACCUUACACAAGUUGGGUACCCAGUUUUCGAGAAUCCUUAUCCUCUGACAAUUCAUGAGUCGCCUGUAACCUGCUGCGAGUACUUUGUUGACUGUCCAGCAGAUCUGAUCCCAGCCCUGUACUCUGUGGGCUCCAGACAGAAAAGACAAGCUUUCAGUAAAAAGGAGUGGCCUAUUAGUGGGGGGAACUGGGGCCAAGGUACUCAAAGCUACCCAGAAAUCAUUAUCACAGGACAUGCUGAUGGUUCAAUCAAAUUUUGGGACGCCUCAGCAAUAAUGCUUCAAGUCCUGUACAAGCUGAAGACGGCCAAGGUGUUUGAGAAGGCUCGCAGUAAGGAGGACAAGCCCAGCACUGAUAUAGUGGAGGAGGACCCGUUUGCCAUCCAGACCCUGUCCUGGUGCCCCGAGAGCCGCAUGCUGUGUGUGGCCGGGGUGUCCGCACACGUGCUCAUCUACAGGUUCAGCAAACAGGAGGUCACCACCGAGGUUAUUCAGCUGUUGGAGGUUCGCAUGCAAUGUGAGCUGAAUGAGGUGGACUCUCCAGAGGCCGGUGGAGAGCAGGCUUCCGCCGUGUCCACCCCAGGAGCUGCGUCCAGCCCUCAGUCCAGUGUGCCUCAGACACAUCCCUCCACUAGCAGCAACUCCUCCGACGGCCUACGAGACAACGUGCCCUGUCUCAAAGUACGGAGCUCUCCACUCAAGCAGUCUCCUGGGUACCAGGUGGAGUUAGUCAUUCAGCUGGUAUGGGUCAGUGGGGAGCCACCUCAACAGAUCACCAGUAUGGCUAUUAACUCCUCUUAUGGCCUCGUGGCGUUUGGCAACGGCAGCGGGCUGGCGGUUGUGGAUUAUUUGCAGAAAACCCUCCUGCUGAAUGUGAGCACAGCAGAGCUUUAUGGAUCUUCUGACCCACACCAGAGACAACCGCGAUCACCUCGCAAAGCCAGGCAGCCUUCUGGAGACGUUCCACGUAAGCCAUCUUGCAUGUCCGGCCUCUCUAGCUUUUAUUCUGAAACUGUGAAAAAACUGCGCACUUCUUACCUCAGCCUCUGUGAUGCCAAUGACGGUUCCACUGCCUCAGAGGAUCGAUGCAAAUCUCCAACUUCAGGCUCUGGCUCCCCCUGCAAUUCAGACGACGACAAGCAGCAAAAAUUCAUUGACCGGGUGAAGUCCAAAAGCAGACGGUUUUCCAAGAAUGUAGCCAAUGACUUCGCCAAGAUGUCGCGGAAAUUAAGCACAUCUGCCGAUCAAAAAACAGAUUUUGAUGCCAAGGACAACUCAUUCAGUCGUUCACGCAGCUCCAGUGUGACCAGCAUCGACAGGGAGUCACGCGAAGUCAUCUCAUUCUUUCACUUCUGUGACACUCUGCCCAGAAAGACAGACACGUUUGCCACGCCCAGCAUCUUGGUGGGCACCUCUCAGGGCACCGUGCUGGCCCUCGCUCUCGCCGUCCCCCCCACCACUGAGCAGAGGCUGCAGCAGCCUGUUGGUGUCUCCUUCUGCGGCACACUGGGCCGGCUGAAAGGUGGCGUUCUGCGGAUGGCCCUGCUGGACUCCACCGGCUCUCUGCAGCCUCCACCCUACGAGCCUUGGUAUGAACCCAACGCUCCCGAGGAGGAGAAAGAGCGCCCAAGGAGGCGCCGGCCUGCCUCACCUCCCUCCUCACAGGAGAGCCAAGAGACGUACUAUGCCGUGGUCUGCUCUGAGAAACAGGCCAAAGUCCUGUCCUUGCCCUCCCAGAACUUCAUCUACGAACACAACAUCACCGAGACGUCCUUUGUGCUCCGGGCCGACGUGGUAACCAUGCCGGCUGGGAUCUGCAUCACCUGUUUCUGUGCCAACGGCCACAUCAUGGCUCUGAGUCUGCCAAGUCUGCGGCCUCUCCUGGAUCUUAACUACCUGCCCCUGACGGACAUGCGGAUAGCCAGAACAUUCUGCUUCUCCAACCUGGGCCAGGCCCUCUAUCUCACCUCACCCACCGAGAUCCAGAGAAUCACCUACAGCCAGGAGACUUGCGACAACCUUCAGGAGAUGCUUGGAGAGCUGUUUACUCCAGUUGAGACACCAGAGGCACCAAACAGAGGUUUCUUUAAAGGGCUGUUUGGCGGUGGAGCACAGUCCUUGGACAGAGAGGACCUCUUUGGGGAGCUGUCAGCAGGGAAAGCCUCACGCAGCCUGGCCCAGCAUAUCCCUGGUCCGGGCGGUAUAGAGGGUAUGAAGGGGGCUGCUUCGGGUGUGGUCGGGGAGCUGGCGAGGGCCAGGAUAGCCCUGGAUGAGAGAGGACAGAAACUUGGCGAACUGGAGGAGAGGACCGCCGCCAUGAUGGCCAGCGCAGAUUCCUUCUCUAGACAUGCGCAUGAUGUGAUGUUGAAGUACAAGGAUAAGAAGUGGUAUCAGCUCUGAUGGGUCCACGCAGGGACACAGUGGGCCUUGAUCUUUGGGCUGGAGAUCCAUCUGCCCCUCCUCUAUAUCCUCCUCUUUCUGCUCCUCCCCUCCUCUCUCUCUCUCUCUCUCUCUCUCCAGGGCAAAAGGGACUUUCACCACUGACUGCCAGA